AUGGCGUCCAACAACAUGCUCAGCACGGCGAUCGACCCCAGCCUCGAGGAUGACCUCUUUGCCAAGGAGGUCGAGGCCGUCAAGAAGUGGUGGAGCGACCCGAGGUGGAAACACACCAAGCGUGCCUUCACAGCCGAGCAGAUCGUCUCGAAACGCGGCCACCUCAAGAUUGAGUAUCCCAGCAACGCCCAGUCCAAAAAGCUGUGGAAGAUCCUAGAAGGACGAUUCAAGAAUAGAGACGCCAGCUACACAUAUGGCUGCUUGGAACCAACCAUGGUCACGCAAAUGGCCAAGUACCUCGACACAGUCUACGUUUCCGGGUGGCAAUCAUCAUCGACCGCCUCAUCCUCAGACGAGCCUGGCCCAGACUUGGCAGAUUACCCAUAUACUACCGUGCCCAACAAGGUCAAGCACCUCUUCAUGGCCCAGCUGUUCCACGACCGGAAACAACGCCAGGAGCGCCUGAGCACACCCAAGGCCAACCGCGCCAACGUGGCCAAUAUUGACUACCUGCGUCCCAUCAUCGCCGAUGCCGAUACCGGCCAUGGCGGUCUCACAGCUGUCAUGAAGCUCACCAAGCUCUUCAUCGAGCAGGGUGCGGCCGGCAUUCACAUUGAGGACCAGGCUCCUGGAACCAAGAAGUGCGGUCACAUGGCCGGCAAGGUCCUCGUGCCCAUCAGUGAGCACAUCAACCGCCUGGUUGCUAUCCGUGCGCAGGCCGACAUCAUGGGCACCGACCUGGUUGCCAUUGCCCGCACAGAUGCCGAGGCGGCCACACUCAUCUCCACGACCAUCGACCCCCGUGACCACGCUUUCAUCCUCGGCUCAACAAACCCCAAGCUUCAACCGCUCAACGACCUCAUGGUUGCUGCGGAGCAGGCUGGCAAGCUUGGCGAUGAGUUGCAGGCCAUCGAGGACUCGUGGCUCAAGGAGGCCGGGCUGAUGCGCUUUGACGAGGCCGUCAUCAAGACGAUCGAAUCGAGCUCGCAGGGCAACAAGAAGGAGCUGAUCCAGCAGUACACCAAGCAGGCCAAGGGCAAGAGCCUCAACGAGUGCCGCGCCAUCGCCAAGGGCAUCACCCAGCACGACAUCUUCUUCGACUGGGACGCGCCGCGGACCCGCGAGGGAUACUACCGCCUCAAGGGCGGCUGCGACUGUGCCAUCAACCGCGCCAUCGCUUACGCGCCGUACUGCGACGCCAUCUGGAUGGAGAGCAAGCUGCCUGACUUCGCCCAGGCCAAGGAUUUUGCCGACGGCGUGCACUCGGUCUGGCCCGAGCAAAAACUUGCCUACAACCUAUCGCCCUCGUUCAACUGGAAGACGGCAAUGCCGCGCGAGGAGCAGGAGACGUACAUCCGGCGCCUGGCGAAGCUGGGGUACUGCUGGCAGUUCAUCACGCUCGCGGGCUUGCACACGACGGCGCUGAUCAGCGACCAGUUCGCAAAGGCCUAUGCCAAGAACGGAAUGCGCGCGUACGGCGAGCUGGUGCAGGAGCCCGAGAUGGACGGCGGGGUCGACGUUGUCAAGCACCAGAAGUGGAGUGGUGCGACAUAUGUCGACGAGCUACAGAAGAUGGUGACUGGCGGCAUCUCGAGUACCGCAGCCAUGGGUAAAGGUGUAACCGAGGACCAGUUCCACUGA